GCAUAAGCUUACGAGGAAUCGUUCAGCUACCUAGCAAAAGGAAAUAAAUCUUUCAGCUGCAUAUAUACAUACACACAACAAAUUUGAAAGGCCACGAGAAGAAUCGUUGAAGUUUGGAAGCAGCAAUCAAUUGACAAAUAUGGCGAGUAAUAAUAAUAGAGGGAGUGGAAAUUACAGGAACCCAUGUCUCACAAUGCAUCAACCAUGGGCUUCUUUGCUUGUUCAUGGUAUCAAACGUAUUGAGGGUAGAUCUUGGCCUUCUCCUAUAACUGGACGACUUUGGAUCCAUGCUGCUGGUAAAAUACCAGAAGAAGCAACAAUUAAAGCAAUGGAAGACUUCUACAGAGAAAUUUAUGCAGUGGAUGGGAUUACCGAUAUCAAGUUCCCCACUAAUUACCCAACUUCAAGACUUCUAGGCUGCGUUGAAGUGGUCGGUUGUGUUACACUUGAAGAGCUAAAAGGUUUGGAGGAUAUCCCUGAAGGGGUGAGGCUUGAAGGUCAAACAAAUUUUUGCUGGCUUUGCGAGCAACCACAGAAAUUGAUUGUUCCAUUUGAAAUGAGGGGAUAUCAAGGCGUUUAUAAUUUGGAAAGAAAGAUAUAUGAUUCAGCUAUCAGAGGCCUUGCUCCUGUUGAAGCUCCCUUGGAGAUUAAGUUUCUGGUUGGAAAUCCACAAGGUCAUUUUUCAUCAAAGCCAAGAUCCAUUGUUGCACGUGCAAAUAGCUCUGCCUCAUCUGAAAUAGAGAAGAAAUCACCAACACUUGCUGCAGCUAUAUCUGGCGCCCGUUUGGCUGCCAACCAAUUCUCGAAGAAAAACCAGUCACAAACCCAUGAUCAUGUGCCCAUCUCCACGAGAACAAGAAACGGAGGUGGAGUACAAGCUUUAACUUACCGAAAGAAAGAAGUUCAGACACUACUACCUGAAUCGCAUGUAAAUCUGCCAUGCAAGAGUGAUGUAAAUGGCAUCAAUGAAGGAUGAAAGAUCUUAGUUAUGUUCCUUAUAACAUCCUUCUCGUAAAUGAUUCGGUAGAUCAAGUGCAUGCCAACUUCUUCUGUUUGUAUGCUUGUAUCGUAAUUGAAGGUUUACUUACAUUCUGUAGAUGUAAAUUACAGCCAGAAGAUGACAUUUUAGUGACCCUCUUGUAAGAUAUUAACUUUAACUUGGGAGUUGAAAAAUUAUUACUCUAAUUGCAACCACGUUUUCUACUGCAAA